GGUGCAACCAAUGAAAUGCAUUUGGUGUUAGGCGACUGAAUUGAGAGGUCUUUCUGCUCGAACCAUAAAAGUUGUUUAGUGCUUAGAUCGUGAAAAAUCGGAGACAGGAAGGGAAAGUGAAAAGCGCAAAAUCGCGAACACGUUGUGGCUCCAUGAGUGCCGCGCAUUGCGGUUGGGAAGAUUUGGACUUCAGGGCCAUCUUCGGUGAAGAGUCUUUGGAGAAUCACGAUUCAGCUGAUAUAGCACCCGAUGACUGUGCCUCAUUUUUCAUCUUCAGCAGAGAUCAGGCUAAUUCUUCAGUAAGCCAGCCUGUCUGCAUUCCUUACAAUGAACAUCAGAUGCACAGUUCAACCCAUUCUUCCUGCUUACAAGACUACAGAAAUAAUGAUGGUUCCAAAGAGAUCCCAGAUUAUACAUAUAGUUCCUCCGUUGGUACAAAAUCCUUUGAAUGUCCUAGCAUUCAGAUCACUUCUAUCUCCCCCAGCUGCCACCAAGAUAUUGAAACAUUGGAAAAUGCUGAAAACAAUGGAUCAGAAAGAGAUUAUAUGGACAGACCUUUACGGGACCAUCUCUGCCUUCAUCUUGAGCCUACCUUUAGAGACCCAUCCUUAAGUCCAAGUCCUGGGAGCAGCAUAUCUUCCAGGAGCUGGAUUUCUGAUGCUUCAUCUUGUGAGUCUCUCUCACAUAUAUAUGAUGAUUUGGACUCUGAGCUAAAUGAGGCUGCUGCACGGUUUACUCUGGGAUCUCCACUGACCUCUCCAAGUGGAUCUCCUAGAGAGUACUGUAGUGUCAGUCCAUCACCAAGACAGUCCCCAUGCCACUCCCCCAGAAAUAGCAUAACUGAUGAGAACUGGCUGAGCCCACGAUCCGCUUCAAAACCUCCCUCCAGACCUACUUCUCCUUGUGGGAAAAGACGGCACUCAAGUGCUGAUAUAUUUUAUUCAGGUUUGGUCUCCCCCCACUAUUCUCCAGCAACAUCUCCAGGCCCUUCUCCCAGAGGCAGUAUCACAGAAGAUACUUGGCUUAGUGCAUCACCCCAUCCUGCACCUAGUCUGUCUUUGUAUCCGUGCUGGCAGGAGACUGCAAUUCCUCUCAAAACAAGAAAGACCUCUGAAGACCAUAGUGCCAGAUUAGCAGGAAAGACUGAGCUUAACACAGAGGAUCUGGCUUGUUUGUCUCCAAUAGUAGACAUGCCUGCAGAUGAAACCUCCUGCUCACAGCACCUACUCGUACAAGAUUCUUCCACUGAUCAGUUUCUGUCUGUUCCCUCCCACUUUACGUGGAACAAACAUAAAUCAGGGCACACACCUGUGUUUAGAACGUCAUCUUUACCACCAUUAGAUUGGGCACUGCCUAGCCGUUAUGGGCAGUAUGAACUGAAAGUAGAGGUACAACCAAAGACACAUCACCGAGCUCACUACGAGACAGAGGGCAGCCGGGGAGCUGUAAAGGCGGUCACUGGUAGUCAUCCAAUAGUAAAGCUAAUUGGUUAUACAGAGAAGCCAGUAAACGUACAGAUUUUUAUUGGAACAGCCGAUGAACGAUAUGUAAAGCCUCAUGCCUUUUACCAGAUACAUCGAAUCACCGGCAAAACUGUAGUCACUGCCAGUCAAGAGAUUGUAAUAACCAACACCAAAGUUUUGGAAAUCCCACUGCUUCCAGAAAACAAUAUGACUGCCAGCAUUGAUUGUGCUGGUAUAUUGAAACUGCGGAAUUCAGACAUUGAACUGAGGAAGGGUGAGACUGACAUUGGUAGAAAGAAUACACGUGUUCGCCUGGUGUUCAGAGCACACAUACCCCAAACCAGUGGGAAGGUUCUGUCACUGCAAACAGCUUCUAUUCCCAUUGAAUGUUCACAACGUUCUGCCCAGGAGUUGCCACAAGUGGAAAAAUAUAGUGUAAACAGCUGCUCAGUGAAUGGAGGAUUAGAGUUGGUGAUCACAGGAUCCAAUUUCAUGCCAGAUUCAAAGGUGAUCUUCCUUGAGAAAGGGCAAGACGGGUGCACACAUUGGGAAGCAGAAGGAAAGAUUGUAUUGAAAAAAUGUCAGAUGAAUAACAUAGUUGUGGAAAUACCAGCAUAUCACAACAAGUCAGUAGCAGCAGAAGUCCAAGUACAGUUUUAUGUGUGUAACGGGAAAAGAAAAAGAAGCCAGUCUCAAAGAUUCAACUACACUCCAGUUUUAUUGAAGCAGGAAAAUUUAGAAGACGGAAAUCUGCAAGAAGCUACAGCAGUUUCUGUUGCUAAGGGGAGAGGCAUUUCUGAUCUUCAUAUAAUUCAUACCAAUCUACUUUUCCAAGACCAAAGAUCUAUUUGUAAAACUCUUAAAUCUUUGUCUCCACCUGGUGUAGGAUGCCCUAAUCAAUUAACAUUUACAUCUUCUCUAAAGCAUGAGGCUCCACAUAUAUCAAACAUUCAAGAACCAUGCACCAGCUCUUCCCCAUGCACUGCUGAUCCUGAAACCAUGGAAAACUAUCCAGACACCAUCUAUUCAUCUCCUCAGAAGCAGUCCAUGCCUUACCAGGGUUUCAGCUCAGAUAUAACCAUCUUACCGUCAUCAUCUCUUACUGCCAUGCCUCACUGUGGACAACCAUCUUCUCACACACAUGAUUGCAGGCUAAGGGAUAAUUCACUGUCUCCUACCAUUACUCACCACAGACAGAACUCCACUUCAUCCCAUCCCACUGACAUGUCUCUGGGCAUUAAAUCUGAGCUUGAGGACAGUGAUAUAAACUUUCAGACUAAAGACCUGCAGGACAUCACUUUAGAUGAUGUGGCUGAGAUUAUAAGACGUGACAUGUCUCACUGAGAUGCCAGGGAUCUACCUAAAGCCUUUCGAACACAGCAUAUCUGAAUCUGAUCACGCUGGCUGGAUGGAGAGAACUUCUAAAAAUAAUUUCUUCUUUCAAUUGCUGAACAUUUACUUAUGAACCACAGAUUUGUAUGCUUCUGGCUCCUAUGUCCCACAAAAUUCUGAGAAUUUGUAUAGUGAAAGUCAUGAGGGCUCAUUUAUGAACAUCAGGUACAAGUGCUUCAUACACUAAUGUGUUCCAAUGGUGCCCAUCAGCAUGCAGUACACUUUUCGUUUGUACCUGUUGGUGCAGAGUUUCUUCACUCUGUGCCCUUGUGGCAGUUUUGUAUGACACAUUUAGCAUGGAGCUCCUUGUGUUCCCAGGCUCUACCCUUUUUUACUCCCAAAAGACCAGCAAGCAAGGGGCAUGAUAGGGGAUACCUAGGUCCUGCUCAUACCCCUUUCUUCUAUGCAUAAUUGCCAGGCACAAGAAAGUGCUGGAUACAGAAACAUGUGCAACUAUUUGCUCUUCAUCCUACAAGCACAAACAGUUGCAACUGUUAAUGGCAGUCAGGUACAUUGCAAAAACGCACUGGGUUAUAUAAAGUAAGUUUGACCACAUUUAGUAACUUAUAGCAACCAUUAAAGGGGUUGUUCACCUUUCAGAUAACUUUUAGUAUGAUGUAGAGAGUGAUAUUCUGAGACAAUUGGCCAUUGGUUUUAAUUUUUUAUUAUUUAAGGUUUUUUUAAUUAUCUGGCUUUUUAUUCAGCAGCUCUUCAAUUUGCAUUUUAAGCAAUCUUGUAGCUAGGGUCCCAAUUAACCUAGCAACAUGCACUGAUUUAAGUAAGAGACUGGAAUAUUCAUAGGAGAGGCCUGAAUAAAAAGACGAGUAAUAAAAAGUAGCAAAAACAAUUAAUGUGUAGCCUUACAGAGCAUUUGCUUUUUAGAAGGGGUCAGCGACGCCCAUUUGAAAGCUGCAAAGAGUCAGAAGAAAAAGGCAAAUAACUAUAAAACUAUAAAAAAUAAAUAAUGAAAACCGAUUGAAAAGUUGCUUAAAAUUGGUGAUGCUAAAAGGUACAUUAAAGGUGAACCACCCCUUCAAACAUCUGGCCAGUAAAUACUACCUGAUUGCUGUGGGUUACUAGACAUUUAGUGCCUUUUAUUACAUAACCCCAUUAAGCAGAAAAGUAAUAAAUGCCCAGGUACAGAAACACACAGGAACCACACAGCGGGUAGAAGCACUUAGUGAUUUCAAUGAGUUACUGAUACUGGCAAACAUAAUGGGGCUCAAUUUAAACACUAGGCAAAUUUGCCCAUGGGCAGUUAUUCAUAACAAUCAAUUAGUGAAGAGAUUUUUAAAGCCAGCUCCAAGUAGAACAAGGAAUGCAGCAAUUUAAUAGCGUGUUUUUUCUUUUUUACCCAUAGGCAAAAUUGCUCAGUGUUGAUAAAUGACCCCCUUUAACUUUUAUUACAAAUGGGCAGGUAGAGUUUAAGGCUUGUUUUUUACACUUUGCAUCUUGCCCCAUUUGUAAUGAUUUCUAACAGGCUUUUGUGUUGGAUCAGUUUACAAACAGUGUUAAAUGUUCUCUGUCCAAAAUACAGGGUUUAACUAAUAUUCGUAAUUUUUGGGAAUCACAAUUCAUAUUUCACGGCUGGCAAAAUAUUUAGAAACAGAUUAUGUUGUAUGCAUUUGAUGUUAAAUGAAAAACAUUACACACAAAAAAUUGUAAUAUGUUUUGGGAAAAAUGUUUGGAAUAAAAGAAAAAAAUUAAGA